GUUAUGAGGCUAAGACAGCUUUGCGUUUCCUUUGAAAGCUAUGUGCCGCAAUCCCUGUUACAUCUGUGAUCAAAGCCAAAAUUCUACAUUGAGAGCACAUGCUACAGUUUGAAGUCAAUGACUCAUAAUUGUGUCCUUUAAAGCUUUGCAAGAUGAUAAUCUUAUUGCUUCACACUUUAUUAUACUCUUCCAAAGAGGAGAAAGGAUCUUAUUUUUCAACCAGAAAUAACUUCCUUCAAUGGUCAUCUGGAUCAUCUUUGUUCCUCUCUCCUUUCAUAUAGGCAAAGCAUGGAGGAUCUCAACGGGGUUGCAGCAGAUUGCGUUGUGGUAUCUUGUUGCUGCCAGUGCUUGAUCCUGCAAAUUGUUGCCUUCAUCUUGCUCAAACUGCCGCUCAAGCUGUUGAGAAAGACGAAAAAAUACGCGAAGAGGCUGAGAAAUAGGAAGAGAGGAGACGAGAUCCUGCAUAAAAGAAGGAAAAGAAAUGAUGAUAACUGCUGGAGAGUCCAUGAAGGUUCAUUCAGGGUCAAGAUGGAAGGGUUUUCCUCGAGUGAACUGCCUGAAUUUCGGUGUUGUAUGGAUGACGUUGAGAAGGUUUUGGAGGAGUUUUGCCUUAGGGGUGAGUUUGGCUUUGGAAGAUUCUGGGAUGGAGAGGUCUCUCGCGGGAGCUUUCCACCAUGUUUAGGAAACCAGGAACUUGAUUACGAGGUUGUUAAUUAUCAUUUGAGUCAAAUGUUUGGAUCUUUCAACUGCAGACGACAGUCUUUGAUGCUUUAAGCUUCUGUUUGUAGAUGUAUUUAGCUUCUUUCUGAAUUAUUAACUUUAAUGAGGCAACAUUAGAGCAUCCCUCAAUGCAUG